AUGGGUGCAACGUCGGAGGGUGAUGGUUUGUCAAACGUGUUUGUUGAGAGGAAUCCAAGGAUUCCUAUUAAGGCAUGUACGGUGAUAGAGGAAAUUGGGGGGCAUUAUUGUCAUGGAUUGGAUAUUGUACCCAAUAAUCUUACCGAAGUGGAGGGAACGGGAUUGUCUCAAAGAGGAUCCGAUAAUUCACAUGGUGUGGAUCGGACCUUGACAUGUAAGGGCCCAAUCGAGGCCCCGGAGGUGGGCUUGGGCUCUGACAGCGAAAGGCCCGAUAUAACCCAAGCCCAAGAGAAAGGGAGGCCUAAAAAGGUUUCCGAACCCAUUAGAAUUUCGCAUCAGUUAGACCAGGAGACUCCUUCGGCUGAACUUAGAAAGACUCCAGUAGUUCCUCCUUCCGAAUCCACCAAGGAAAAUGGGUUAGGGCAUCUAGACCAAACCCUAGGGGCAAAAAUUGGGAAAUUAGGGAGACGGUGGUUGGAGAUAAACAAAGGGAUUCUGAUAAACAAACUGGGAAAUAAUGCGUUGCGUGAUUUACCUGGAUGA